GAUUUCCUCUCUUAUUUACAGAGCAGCAGUCAUGGAGAAAGGAUGCAUUGCCGCCACCAAGUACUUCCUGUUCUUGUUCAACCUCCUCUUCUUUAUUUUUGGAGCUGUAAUCAUGGGCUUUGGACUAUGGGUCAUCCUGGAUAACCAGAGUUUCAUCACGGUUUUGCAGGAGUCCUCCACAACGCUGAAAGUUGGCGCCUACAUCUUGAUCGGGAUUGGAUCUCUGUCAAUGCUUAUGGGCUUCCUAGGCUGCAUCGGUGCAAUUUAUGAGGUCCGCUGCCUGCUUGGACUGUACUUCACCUGCCUCCUCCUCAUCCUCAUUGCCCAGGUGACGGCCGCUGUCAUGAUCUACUUCCAGAGAGACCUGACUUUCACUUUCUUUCCCCUAGUUAGAGUUUGGCUUGUUCUGUUUGUCUCUUCUGAUGUUAUCUUUGGACAGCUCUGUCUGUUCAGGAUCAUUUCCAAUCUCUGCAUAUCUUUUUUUUUUCUCUCCGUUCUCUGUGUCCAGGGUUGUAUAUCUAGUGUUGAGGACUGGGUCCUAAGGAACAGUGGAGUUAUUCUGGGAGUCUGUGUUGGAAUAGCAGUGAUCGAGCUUUUAGGGAUGAUCCUGUCCAUGUGCCUCUGCAAAAGUGUCCAACAGGAGGAUUACACCAAAGUACCCAAAUACUGAGAGCAAACCCCCCCCUCAGUGACUCAGUCACACAUCAGAAAACACCAGUGUUACAACAACUGGAACAAAGCAGACCAGACGACAUCCGAUCACGCACACACACACACACAACGUUCUUCACUUUAUUAUCCCCUUGUUUAAGAUCAAUGUUUUCAGUUGAGAAUUUCUUUUUCUUUUUAAGAAACUAGUGAUCUUUUUCUUGUUAGUGCUCUGCAGGGUCUGAAUAGCUUUAUGUUUGGUUUCUCACAUACAUAUACUGUACGCUGACUGUUGCAUUUAUGGUUUUCAUUGUUAGUCGAAUCUGAGAGCACUUUAGUGAAUAGAGAGUUCGAAAUGGCAAAGAGCUAUUAGCUACUUUUAAAAUAUUUUUUAUAAUCUAGAGGGGAAAAUAAACUUUUUUUUUUUUCUUUUUUUUUACCUAUUAUAAUUUUUUAUUUGUAUGAGAAUUGUGUACUUUCUAUUCAGUUAUGUGUAUAUAAAUAGGAUUGACACUUCAAUUAGGUUUAUUCUUACUGAGUAACUACAUCCUAGUUAUGGCAGCACUUAAUGAUGGCUUUUCUGCAUGCAAGCGAAGUGUUAUUAGCCGGGGCUGGGUCACUCAGGGCGGAGGCAGAUGCGGUGUGGGGAAAGAUGGCUGCGGUUGAGGAAUGCUGGGGCAAAUAAUAAGUCUGAAGUCUAGAAUUGCGUAUUAUAGUGUUUCUUGUGGUUUACAUGCGAGUCGGCCUGCAUCGCUCUGUGGAUCAGGGUGUGUAUGUGGAUUUAGGUUGGGCACGUAUCCCACAGAUCCUUGCUGUAAAACAGCUGUUGAAGUAUGUCUAUAACAGGCAUUAGAUACAGAUCCUGCUGACUAGCUUCAGCUGUAGCCUGUAGCACCACAGCAAAAUCCACAGACGUAACAUCUGUCUUCCUGUUACUGACCCAUUUCAGCUCAACCAAAACAGGUCUGCGUGAAGUUGUGUGAGACUUUUUAAUCUUUGCGUUUCUUCUUUUUAAUAUUUUUGUGUCUAUGGUUUUAUUUCGAGUGAAGCUGAUCUAAAGAAUGUCAGCUUUUUGAGUUUAGUAAGCCUGGUGUUGUUUAUAUCAGUAGUUGUUCUCUGGGCCGUGUUAGUGUUAGUUCAGAAAAGAAGCAGUCGAAGCUUCUUGGAAGAAUGACCAAGAGUGAUGCCUGUAAGGCCAUUUCCAAACACUUUGUUGCUUUUCGACAAGAAAUCUUUCUAGCUCUGUCCUUUAAAACAAACUGCCAUUUGUAUUGUAAUGUGAUAGGCCUUUUUUUGUAUUUUGUCAAGAAGCUGUCUCCUGGAACUCUAGUUUAGAUACUGAAAGCAUUUCUUUUUUUUUCAGAAAUUUACCAAUAUUUGGAUAACUGUGUAUUUCUGAGGUAAAGUGAAGAUGAAGGGCUUUUUUUCUACAUUCUAAGAUGAUCUGUUUAACUGGGAAGCCAUGUUUAUGUAGUAAGUUUUUCCAGCGACAUGUCGAUGCAGUAGUUAUAAGUUGGAUUAAAAGAAAACAUGGACACAG